AUGUCUUCCGACGGCGAACGUCAGAAGGGCACCGUUAAGUGGUUCCUUGCCGACAAAGGAUUUGGGUAUAUCACGCCCAAUGAUGGAAGCCCUGAUCUGUUUGUCAAUUUUCGAGAAAUUCAAAAACCGGGGUUCAAAUUCUUAUCAGAAGGAGAAAAGGUAUCCUUUGUAACUAAGAAUGGAGAUAAGGGUCAAGAGGCAUCUCAAAUCCAGUCGGAGGAAGUAGAGGAGUGA